UAUAAUGGUAACGGUUUUAUAUAUGAAGAAGAGUAAGGAUUAGUAUGCUAAAACAUAACAGAAAUAACUUCCUUUUCUUUCCUUUAUAUUCCCCUGCCUCUUAAACCCCUCCCACUCUCUCUCUCUCUCUCUAGAAAGAAUCAAUCAUUGAUGUUGUUGCAAUGGAUGUAGUUGAAGCAUGGUUUGUUGUCUCAUCAAAUAUUAACAAGACAUUAACAUAUCACCUACAAGAAAUUGAAAGAAGCACCCCGAAUUUACAACAAGAAUACUCCUCUCUAGUUAAGGCUGCACUAAGAGUUUUUGAGAGUAAAGAUCUUAAUAAGUUUGAGAAACAAUCAAAAUUCAUAGAAUUGAUCAAACAAGCUAUGUCUCUUCAGAAGCGCAUUGACGAAUUCAAUGACAAAUGCUCAAACUACAACCUUCCAUUAUUUCUUGGUGAUGGUGAGCAUGAAGAUGAUCAAUCUUUCAAGAAUUACUUGAGAAAUAUACAAGAGUUUAUGAAGAAUUGGAAGAGAGAAGCCGGAAAGAAAAGAGAGAAUGGAGAAAAAAGCUUGAUUGAAAGUUUUGAUGAAUCUGAAAGAAAGAAUGCAUUUGAGAAAAAAAUAAUGAAGAAUCUUGAAGAUUUUAAGAAUAUGGUUAAACUACUAAGUUUGGAUAAUAAUGAGAAUAACUCAAAUUCCAUUGUGAUCAAGAAUUUGGUAUCUGUGAUCCAAUUGACAAAAACAAUAGUGAAAAAGAAUAAGCGUUUGGUUUUGCCAAAACCGAGGAAGUUAUUAAGCGAUGAAGGGGACAUAGAGUUCGAGCUGCUUCGAAUGAUACUCACAGAAGUUUUGUGUGUUGAAGUUGUUUUUUGUGGUCCUAGGAUGAUUGAGGUUUUGACGGAUGAUCAAUUCGGAGUAUAUGGAUUUUAUCUUCAUAAAUACCUUAGGGAAAGAUUGAUUGCUUUGGAUUUGAAGAUGAAUGAGCUGAGGGUGCAAAUAUGUUUGAUGCCUUCCGUAAAUGAAGAAACCAAAAAAAAACUUACAAUUCUUCGAAAAACAAUAGAUGAAGGGUACGAAAACAUAUGGAACAAACUUGAUCUUAACUCAACAUCAGCAGCUGCAUCAUCAUCAUCAUCAUCCUAAUAAUUUGGUUUUGUAUUCGAGUUUCAAGUAUUGGAGUUUGAGAUAAAGAUGAAGAUUAUCUGAAGGUUUAGUUUUGUUUUGUAACUUUCUUUUAACUGUAUAGUGUUUCUUUGUUUUAGUAUUUGAACAUAUGAGACAUGGAUUUGAUUUAAUAUUGAGUGUUUAUGUUUUGUUUGUUUAAUCUCAAGAUUAUUUUGUUUUGCUUGAGUUUCAUUUGAGUUAUAGUACUGGCUCAGUUUAUUGGUUAUGAAUGUUCAAACUUGACUACCUUCA